AUGGGUCAUGGCAGCAGCGGCGACGGUGGCGGCGGAGGAGACGGAGCUCUGGCCGUGGUGCCCGAGGAAGCCAAGCCGCAGCCGCAGAUGCAGCGACAGACCGCCCUCGACGUGCCGCCCUUCCUCAUCUUUGAAAAGUGCAGGGCGCCGGAGCUCUUGGAGUGCCAUGCCUGCCACCUCCCCCUCAAACCGCCUAUCUUCUCGUGCGACGACGGGCAUCUGAUGUGCUCGUCCUGCCGCGGCGCGCACGGCGAGGACUGCGGCCGCGUCGCCGCCCACUGCCGCCUGGCAGACGCCUACGCCGGCGCCGUCAAGCUGCCGUGCGACUACGUCAAGUUCGGCUGCGAGGCGGGACUCAUCGUCUACCACGACGCCGCGGACCACCGCCGCGCUUGCCAGUACGCGCCCUGCUACUGCCCAGAGCGCGCCGGGCCAGGAGGUGCCGAAGGCGGUUGCAACUUCUCCGGCUCCCGGCAGAUGCUCCUCGACCACAUCUCCACGGAACACUCCAGCCCCAUCAUCGUCGUCCGCUAUGGCCAGCCGGGGAAGCUCAGCCUGCCCCUGACCCGGCGCUGGCACGUCCUCGUCGGCGAGGAGGAUAUGGCCGACCGGCAGCGGAACGUGUUCGUGCUGGUCCUCGCCGAGCGCGACAAGGGCGCCGCGGUGUCGAUGGUGUGCGUCAGGGCGGACGAAGGCGCACCGGCGGUGCCGCAGUUCUCGUACAAGCUCACCGUGGAGCACGCCGGCAGUGGUGCGAGGGUGACGUUCGAGUUGCCCGUGAUGACAUGCAGCUCCCUGCCCGGUGGCACGCCAUGGCCGGACGAGGUCACGUCUCUGUACGUGCCGAAAGCGUAUUUAUCUGGCGACGCUGUCCCCCUCGGCAUCCACAUUGACAAACUCGUUCCUCCUCCUCUUCCUCCUCCUUCUGACACUACUACUCCUGCGCCGGCAACCGCCGCCGUCUUCAAGUUCACAGCGACAGAUCAAGAUCCCAAUGUCCCGCCAUGGUUCGAGGUCCUUGAUGUUUCCAAUGCUAGAGUAGUCAGCGACGGCAUCAUCCAGCGCCUCAAGGGGUGCGCCUGGAGCAGUCUGCCGAUUCCGCAGUGCAUCCCAUGGAAGCUCAAACCCUUGGAGUACUACAUCUCUCUGCCGUUUACAAUGCUCAUGUCCUAUGUGCUGGUUGCUCCCUACAUACUGGUGUCAUACGAUCAGCCGUCAUGGGGCACACAUGCAUUUGACACAGACUCACACGAGUGGCACAAGGUCGACGACAAUCCGCUGCCUUUCUUCGGCCGCGCGUCCCGGCAUGGCCCCAUCUUCCUUGCUUCCUCUAAGAAGGAUGGGCCCAUCAAAGCUUACUGCAUCCGUCUCACUACUUCUGAUGCUCUCAAGCUAUCCAUCACCCCGCCGCCGGUGGAUUAUGAAGGAAAACAUGAGGUUGAAGCAGGGCCACAGUGUCGCUUCUCUUCUUUGGAGGAUGAGCACUUCUGUAUUUUAAGCUUUGAGCUUGACAGCAAGGGCGUCAUGCUUCAUUCUGGUUCCAAUGAACCCUAUCCAACCAAGGAGUAUCUACGCUUGAGAACCUAUCAAAUUGAACGAUCACUCCUGGAGACCCACGAGGAAACGCUGCUAGCUGUGAAGUCGGCGGUUGUAAUCGCCAGGAAGUACCUGAAGUACUUGACCAAGAAGUACCGGAAGAAGCACAAUGAUGAAGCAAGCUUGAAGCUCUGA